ACGGAGGGAGUAACUUUUAUUUUAAGUGUCCAAAUUGAAGUGUGAGGGAGGGAGUGAUGAAUGACAAUAAUCAAUGGCUUCUUCUUUGUUGAAUUGCUGCAAAGCUUCAGCUGCUGCAGCUUCAUCAUCUCUCCCAAUCUCUCGUCUCCGUUUCCCACACAAACACUCAUUUUCGCCGGAAUUUCUCAAGAUCCGGCGACCCUCCGCCUCUCCCCCACCCUCACCUCUCGUUUCCCCUUCUCCGCCGUCUCCUUUGCAGCUCCCUACCUUUUCCUCCAAAGAGUUGCUGGAUCAUUUGGUGAAGAAGGAGGACUUGAGCGAAGAAGAAGCGGAAGCUUCGCUGGAGUUGUUGCUCGCUAAUGGCAGCGAAGCUCUCAUUAGCGCUUUCCUUGUUCUAUUGCGAGCCAAAGGAGAAACCUUUGAAGAGAUUGUAGGACUAGCUAGAGCCAUGGUCAAGCGUGGCUUGGUAGUCGAAGGCUUGGGCAAUGGUGCGGUGGACAUUGUGGGGACAGGCGGUGACGGGGCAAACACGGUGAAUAUUUCCACCGGAGCCGCCAUUCUCGCCGCCGCUUGUGGUGCUAAAGUUGCUAAGCAAGGAAACCGGUCGAGCUCUUCUUCUUGUGGUAGCGCUGAUGUUUUGGAAGCAUUGGGUGUAAACAUCGAAUUAGAACCCGAGGGAGUGAAGAAAUGUAUGGAUGAAGCAGGAAUAUGUUUCAUGAUGUCUCCGUACUACCAUCCGGCAAUGAAGAUUGUAGCACCUGUUAGAAGGAAGCUUAAAAUAAAGACAAUCUUCAACUUCCUAGGCGCCAUGUUAAAUCCAGCAAGGGUGCCUUUUGCCCUUGUUGGCGUCUACGAUCAAACCGUUGUCAGCAAGAUGGCCAAAGCCUUGCAAAGGUAUGGGAUGAAGAGAGCUUUAGUAGUUCACUCAGAGGGCUUAGAUGAAUUGAGUCCUCUAGGGCCCGGGGUAAUACUUGAGAUCACACCAGAGAAGAUUGAGGAAAUUCAUUAUGAUCCAUUAAAAUUUGGGAUUCGUCGUUGCAAUUUGAAGGAUCUGCAAGGAGGGGGUCCGGAGUAUAAUGCUGAUAUAUUAAGGCGUGUGCUCUCGGGCGAGAGAGGGCCCGUCGCAGAUGCAUUUGUAAGUUCAUUAUUGACCAGUUUAAGAACAACCAUGAAGUGCGACUGUCUCUACCAUGGAAUAAUCCUUCCACAUACUAGAGAUAUGGAGAGAGUGUGUGUGUUUAUGCAGAUUUUGAAUGCGGGCGGUGCACUAAUGGCAAGCGGACAUGUGGCAACGUUGGGAGAGGGAGUAGACGUAGCUCGGUCCAUGCAUGCAUCCGGGAACGCCCUCUCUACGCUUUCCACUUGGAUCAAUGUCUCAAAUCGUCCAACGUAAGUACACGGGUGAAUAAAAGUUAUAGUUUUGUCAUUAAGUUUUAUGGAGAGAAAUUAAAAAGAAUGUGAUGGAUUCUAGCCCACCAACUAUGGAUGUACAAGAAGUAUAUAAUAGCAAAACUCUCGAAAUAUGAUCUUUAUUAGCUUAAUUCAGCAUGGGUUUACAAAGGAGAUUUUACACCCUAUUUAUAGUUUUUUACACACUACGGUGUUUGUGGUAAUCGA